AGUGGAACAUAGAUAUCCAUAGGGGAAGGACGUUUGUCACGAGUCCGAUCUUCUCGCCGAGAUCUAGCAGACUGAUGCGAGGUAGAUUUUGUCUGCACGGCGUCCUAAACAAGGCGCGUGCAGCUCGCGACAGCUCCACUCCUAACUGCCGCAUUCACGAAACUCUACCAGAACAUACCAACUCUUGCCAAAGUUUCGAAAAUGGUUUGUCGUAAUGGACGCAAUCCCCGCUCGAAAGAGCUUGGCUGUGAGUAUAGCUGUCGAGCUGUGCCUCGAUGCAUUUCAUCUCAAGAAGCUCACUCGUCUGGUCCUGUCCAAACAGCAAGAGCGUCUGGAGUCGAUCAUCACGGUCCUUCCUUCAAGCCUGGAGUAUCUUGACCUGGAAUGGAAUCAACUCAGCUCCCUGGCAGGCAUAUCAUUUCCGCCUAACUUGACACACCUGAACGUUCGUUGGAAUGUCAUGCAUGACUUCUCAGACGCAAUCCUGCCUGCCAUGCUACGAUUUCUGGACGCUUCAGACAACAUGAUAAUUUCGUUCGAAGGCCUUAGCCACCUCGAACACCUGGAGCAUAUGCAUCUCGGUGCAUUCGAUUGUAUUUUCAAUAUGGACAGUCUUCGAACGCACAAUCUUCCGCGCAAUCCCCGCACUUUGAGUCUUACGUCGAUUGGACUGAGUCCAGAGAUACUGCGGAUGAUAGCACUGCCGGCAAGUCUCGAGGAACUUGAAUUGCGGAAUUGUCAAGUAAGUUCUCUGAGGGAUCUGGUACUGCCUGAUGGUCUCAAGAAACUCGGCUUGUGGAGUAACAAGAUUGAGGAUCUUGAGGGGUACAUCUUUCCCGAUAGCCUCCUGGCACUGGACAUCGGUUACAAUCUCAUCCGAACGUUGAGGGACAUCAGGUGGCCUUCCGGUCUCGAAACGCUGAGACUGGAUGUCAGAAACCUCAUCUCCUUGAAAGAUUCGUCACUAUGCGACUUGACGCGCUUAAAAGACUUGUCAUUGUCCUGCCGUCCUGAGUUCUUGGUAGCCGCCAAUUUGCCUCGGAACCUGAGAAAGCUAACGUUGAACGAGCACAUGUGGAAGGAGAAAUCUUCGAGAAAGUUCGCGAAACAAUGGCCACCAACACUGGAAUGUGUCUGUUUCGGCCCCUUUAGAGAGUACACCUCGAAAGAAAGUCUACUAGGUGAAUGGAAGAUCGAAGAUGACAUGAACCAAGAAGAGGCCUUCACCCUAACGGUUCUGUCGACAAUUGAGGAGUAAUUACAGGUAUCUUCUGUUCUUGGAGUUGUCACGAUAUUACCAACAAAUCUAAG